AUGGAUAUUGACGUGAAGAAACUGAAGGUGAAUGAGUUGAAGGAGGAGCUCCAGCGUCGCGGCCUGGACGCUAAGGGCCUAAAGGCCGACCUGGUAGAGCGGCUGAAAGCUGCGCUGGAAGAGGAGGCCCAGACAGACCCUUCGGAGGAACAGCACCAAGAAGAAGAAGAGGAGCCCGGCAUGGAGGAUUUCACUAAAGACGAGCCAGUUGAUGAGGGAGAAGAGGCCCCACAACAAGCUACUUGCACAGAGCAAAUGGAAGGAUUUGAAGAUGCCCCACCCCCACAAGGUGAUUCUGAUGAGGGCAGAGAUUCAGGUGGCGACUAUGAGGAGGAGGAGGUGGCGGCGGAUACCAAUGAAGAAUCCAAGCUUGUGCAGAACGUGGAAGCGGAAGCUCCUGAAAUUAAACAAGACGUCAAAGUUGAAGUGAAAUCAGAAAAUAUAGAUGCUGUGCAGGAAAGUCACCAGCAACAGGAGCAGCAGAAGAGCAGUGAUGAAACGAUUGGUGCUCCAAUUGAAGUCAAAACAGAAAGUGAUAAGGGUGGACCGCAAGGUCGCAAAAGACCACACGAAGAAAACCGUGGAUAUAACUACUAUGAACAUCGUGAUGAAAAGAGAUCCCGCACACCCCAGCCUCCUGCUGAAGAUGAAGAAGAGAAGAUUGAUGACACCCUUGUUACAAUUGAUACUUACAAUUGUGACCUCCAUUUCAAAGUCUCACGCACUCGCUACAGUGGAUAUCCUCUCACCAUUGAAGGCUUUGCUUACCUCUGGGCAGGAGCUCGAGCUUCACAUGGAGUUAUUAAGGGACGCGUCUGCUAUGAGAUGAAGAUCAAUGAAGAGAUUUCUGUAAAACACCUCCCCAGUAGUGAAGCAGAUCCACAUGUUGUUCGAGUUGGAUGGUCCCUAAACAACUGCAGCACACAGCUUGGUGAGGAGCCUUUUUCUUUUGGAUAUGGAGGAACAGGAAAGAAAUCUAGUGACUGCAAGUUUGCAGACUAUGGUGAGAGAUUCGGAGAAAAUGAUGUAAUCGGCUGUUGCAUUGACUUUGAAAGUGGCGAUGAAGUGCAAAUGUCCUUUUCCAAGAAUGGUGUGCCGCUUGGCGUUGCUUUUAAAACGACCAAGGAAGCUCUUGCAGGUCGAGCUUUGUUCCCUCACGUUCUGGUGAAAAAUUGUGCAGUGGAGUUUAACUUUGGUCAGAAAGAGCCAUACUUCCCUCCUCCAGAGGGAUACACUUACAUUGAUGGUAUUAACCUGGAAGAUAAAAUCAGAGGUACCAAGGGACCUGAAAGCAAAGGCGAAUGUGAGAUCCUGUUGAUGGUUGGCCUGCCCGCCUGUGGGAAGACCACUUGGGCCAUGAAACAUGCUGAGACGUAUCCUGAGAAGAAAUACAACGUGCUGGGCACUAAUGCAAUCAUGGACAAAAUGAAGGUGAUGGGUCUGCGUCGCCAGAAGAACUAUCACGGUCGCUGGGAUACGCUCAUUCAGCAGGCCACUCAGUGUCUGAACCGCUUAAUCGAGAUCGCCGCCCGCAAGAGACGCAACUAUAUUCUGGACCAGACAAAUGUAUAUGGAUCAGCAAGGAGACGAAAAAUGCGUCCUUUUGAAGGUUUUCAACGCAAGGCUAUUGUAAUUUGUCCCACGGACGAGGAUUUUAAAGAACGAACGCUAAAGCAAACCAAUGAGCAGGGGAAGGAUGUGCCCGAUCAUGCUGUUUUAGAAAUGAAAGCCAACUUCACUCUGCCUGAAGUGUGCGACUUCUUGGAGGACGUGAUAUUUGUCGAACUCCAGCCUAUAGAGGCUGAAAAGCUUCUGAAGCAGUACAACGAGGAGGGCCGCAAGGCUGGACCACCCCCAGAGAAGCGCUUUGACAACAGGCAGGGCGGAUUCAGAGGUCGUGGUGGCGGCGGCAACUUCCAGCGCUAUGACAACCGCGACGGUCCCCGCGGUGGCGGCGGCGGGGGCAGUGGCGGCGGCGGCAGUGGCGGCUUCUCAAACCGCAGUGGGGAAAGUGGAGGAUACCAUGGAGGUUAUAAUCGUGGAGGCUAUAAUCAGAAUCGCUGGGGCAGCAACCACAGGGAUUCUUCUGAUUCACGGAGUGGAUACAACCGCAGUCAGCCACAGAGUGGAAGCUACAACUAUCGCUCAGCUCCUUACAAGAGUGGAUACAACCAGAGUUAUGGCCAGAGCAACUACAACCAGAGCAACUACAACCAGGGCAGCUACAACCAGGGCUACUAUGGUAAUUACAGCCAGUACCCGGGCUACAGUCAGACCUACAGCCAGCCAGCCGCCACCGCGCAAACUUACAGCCAGCAACAACCACCAACACCAGCACCGCCCGCGCAGGCCCCAGCGCAGCAACCGCAGCAGCAGCAGAGCUACAACCAGCAGUAUCAGCAGUAUGCUCAGCAGUGGCAGCAGUACUACCAAAACCAAAAUCAGUGGAACCAGUAUUACAGUCAAUACGGCAGCUAUGGACCUGGCCAAGGCUCUUCCUCUGGUUCUCAAUAA